UUCUCUUGUGGACUAUGUAAACGUCUUUUAUGUGAAGUAUCUUAUUCAGGUCAGUACUAAAUAAAAAUAGCAUGCAUUUUGUAUGAUCCCUCUAAUUUUGGUUUAAAAUAACAUUUUGCAGAUUCUGCAAGAUUUAUGUAAAAUUUUGACUUCAGCUGCAAGUAAUUACAUGGAGAUAAUCUAUGUUGAGAGUAAAUAUUUAUAUAAGCAAAAUUGCCAGAGAUUGAAUGUAUAAAGAACAUUCUGUCCAUCUUUUCACCUUGUGGAUUUCUGAAUGCCAUAUUGUGUUCAUGAGUAUUUCUGAAUGAAAGACCCUCCCCCUUCCACCGGAGCAACAUAUAAAACCUGUAGUCUCCGCUCACCUCGCACACCAAAGAUGCGCAGAUGUGUGAAUACUGACAGUCCUGUGCUCACUGGGUCAGAUAAACUGCAUCUACUAACCCUGAACUAGUUUAAGACUCUUGAGAUUUUAAGAAAAUGUCUAUCCUUACAUUUAACUUAAGCAAUGCAACUUUAGAGAUGGAACCCACCGAAGAUGAACCCCGAAACGAGCAUUUAGCUCAAAUUGAGAUCGCGCUGCUGAGCGUCAUCUUUCUCUGCGCAUCAACUCUGAACUUUGGUCUUCUACUGGUUUUGUGGAAGAAAAGACAGCAGAUGUCUAGGAUGCGGGUGUUUGUGACCCAUCUCUGCUUGGCCGACCUGGUGGUUGCCUUUUUCCAAGUGUGUCCACAGCUGAUGUGGGACAUAACAGACCGUUUCAUCGGUCCUGACCUCGUAUGUCGCUUAGUCAAGUACCUCCAGGUCGUCGGGAUGUUCGCCUCCACUUACAUGAUAGUUGUGAUGACUGUUGACCGUUAUCAAGCGAUAUGCAACCCGAUGGUGACUUUCCAGAGGCGGCGAGCGCGCUGGAACCUGCCCGUGUGCGUCGCGUGGCUCGUGUCGUUCGUCUUCAGCGUUCCGCAACUGUUUAUUUUCUCCAGGGUUCAGAUCGCCCCUGGUGUCUACGACUGCUGGGCAGAGUUCAUUCAGCCGUGGGGACCUAAAGCGUACGUGACGUGGACUACGCUGGUGAUAUUUCUGGUGCCCAUCGUAACUGUGACGGUGUGCCAGGUGCGCAUCUGUCGCGCCCUCCAGAUCAACCUGUACCUGAAAACGCAGCAGCAGCAGAAGGGAGGUGAUGAUGGACACUCGCACCCUCUUUCCUCCAGAACCAGCAACGUGGUGUCGGUGUCCAAGUCUCGGAUUAAGACCGUGAAGAUGACGGUGGUGAUCGUGCUCGCCUACACCGUGUGCUGGGCUCCGUUUUUCACCGUUCAGCUGUGGUCUGUGUGGGACGCGGACGCUCCGACUGAGACUGCAACCUUCACCAUCCUCAUGUUGCUGGCGAGCUUGAACAGUGUUGCCAAUCCGUGUAUCUACCUGCUUUUCACCGUGAAGUUCCCCAAACUAUUGGGAACGCUUCUGUGCAUGAAACACAUUGGCAUGAAGGAGUCACUGCCUGAGGAGUCUACGAUGGUCAGCUCUCUGUAUCUGAGCUUUAAAAGCCACUCUGACAUACGGUGAAAAUGAAACAACACUAACAACCACGUCCAAAUGCAUGCAAAUGCCAUAAACAUGUACCAUGUUAAGGUGUAUCAUGUAAAUAGUAUAUGCAUGGUUCAGUACCACUGUAUAUAUCAUGAUGUAUGAUAUUACCAUCUGAUACAUCACAGUGCUAUGGUGCUAUCACAGUACUUCAUUGUGAAGAAAAUCGGUAGGCAUCUCAUUGUGGAGUUGUCUCUAUAUACUCAAGCAUAACUUUGGAGGUUCAUGAUUCAUUUUUACACUGAAUUAAUAUUAAACUCCAAUUUUACCUCCUGCCUAUCGCCUUGCCCCCGAAAAGAUGUUUUUCUUCAAAAACUGGUCACAGUCACUUAGUGAUGUCUAUUAUGUAACUGUACAUAGCAAGCAGGAAAAGAAAUUGCUCACCGCAUGUGCUGUCCUAAUCACAGUCACAGUGGUGUACAAAAUAGUGUGUUUAAAUGUUGAAAAAAAUGUCUGACUACUAGUGUGGUGGAUAUUGUUAUGUAAAUGCCUGUACAUGUUCAGUGGUGUGUGUGUCAAUA